ACUAAACGUAAUUUUUAUUUUGUUUCGUAUUGCAAGCUCUUGACGACCACAUAAAAUAACAACUUCAAUUAUAGAAUGGAGUUCAUGUGCUUUAAAAUGACAUUUAUCAUCGCGUUAUCCCUCAUGGGAUCGGUUGUUAAUUCACAAGAAAGUUUGGACUACAAAUUGCCAAAUAAUUUUAAGCCCGCCAGCUAUCAGCUGAACGUGACCACGUACUUGGAAGAUAUAUUUUGGUUUGAAGGAGCGGUUGAUAUUUACAUGAKUUGCAUAGAAGUUACCGACACCAUAAUACUGCAUUCAAGCAGUUUGUACAUCAAUAGCAAAAGUGUUGUUGUUUCCAACGGUGGUAAAAAUGUCAUCCCGGUGGAUAAUGUUUUAUUUGAUCAGGGGAAUGGUCUUAUGUUCGUCAAGUCAACCGUACAAUUUAAGCAGGGUGAAAAAUAUGUGCUGACCAUACCAUUUACUGGAAACAUCACCGACAAUUUAGUAGGUUACUAUAAGAGUAGUUAUGUGGACAAGGAGAGCAAUCAAACAAGAUGGCUAGCGGUAACACAAUUUAAACCAAUGUACGCACGAAGUGCUUUUCCCUGUUUUGACGAGCCUGCUCUUAAAGCAACCUUCAAAAUAAGAUUGGGUCACAAAAAAGGAUUGACUUCGAUUAGUAAUAUGAAAUUUAUGAACGAAACGCCAUUACCUUCGAAGCCAGAUUAUGUUUUCGAUGAAUUCAAUGAAUCUGUACCGAUGUCUACUUAUUUAGUAGCAUACAUGGUGUCAGAUUUCGCAUACUUUAAAGCGGAUAGUAAAGACAAAGGAGUGGAAUUUCGUGUAAUAGCUAGAAAAGAUGCGGCCAAUCAAACAGGACUUGCCAACGACUUGGGACCAAAGGYGUUGAAAUACUAUGAGGACUAUUUCAACAAAAAAUUUCCGUUGUCCAAACAAGACAUGGUGGYCAUACCCGAUUUUUUUGCCUUUUCWAUGGAGAAUUGUGGUCUCAUUACAUAUAGAGAGACUGUACUGUUAAUUGAUUUGAAUGUGGCUACAAUUUAUGAUGUACUUAGAGUAGCCGAAAUUAUUACUCAAAAUCUUGCUCACCAAUGGCUCGGUGAUCUCGUUACCAUGAAAUGGUGGACUGACUAUUGGUUGAAUGAAGGAUUUGCCAUGUACUUUUCAGCAUUUGGAGUGGACUUUUUGUACCCAGAAUGGAAUUAUUUCCAAUUCCAAACCGUUCAAAACUUUUUGAAUUCGCUUCAAUCGUCUAACGUCUUAUUGGUGGAUAUUGUCGGAUAUCCCUAUGAAAUAUCACAGGUUAUGGACAUACAAUCGUACAAUAAGGUCUCAUUUUUAUUGCACAUGAUAAACAUGUUCCUUGGUGAAAAUACGUUCAAACAAGGUAUUAGGAAUUACAUAAAAAAAUAUAAGUUUUCCAAUGCCGAUCAUGACGAUCUAUGGAGUUCAUUGACAGAGGAAGCUCAACGCCAAGGAACUUUGGACAUAAAUCUCUCCGUGAAACAAAUAAUGGACAAAUGGACGUUGCAAGCCGGUUAUCCCGUAUUGAAAGUUGUCCGGGAUUAUUCCAAAGAUACGGUUACUUUAUCACAGAAUACCGAAGAUAAAAGAUGUUGGUGGAUACCAAUCACUAUGACUACUUCUAAGGAAGCUAAUUUUAACCAGACAAAAGCUGAGUCGUGGUUGAAUUGUGAAAACAACAACCUCACCAAAUCACUGUCUAAAGACAUCGAGUGGGUCAUUUAUAACAUGCAGAUGGCUGGUUUAUUCAGAGUCUUAUAUGAUACACGAAACUGGAUGGGUAUCAUUUCUACGUUGAACGAUCCGAAAAAAUACACAACUAUACACAAGUUAAACCGAGUACAGCUGAUAGAUGAUUCAUUUAGCUUUUCACAAUCUGGUGAUAUUGACUAUGAAAUCACGUUUCAACUUUUGAAAUAUCUUAAACAUGAAAUCGAAUAUGUACCGUGGGUUGCUGCAUUUAAGGGUUUGAAUCAGAUAAAUGAAUUUAUGAAAAGGACUCCAAACCAAGAAAUAUUCCAAAACUAUACACAACGUUUGUUGUCGCCUGUGUACGGGAAAUUCCUAGACAUGACAGGUGAACAUGACGAUAACAGUUUUGAAAAAAUAAGUUUUAAAAAGCUAUUGACUAUGAAUGCCUGUUAUUACCAAAUAAAGAACUGUACCGAACAAUCUCUGGUCUUGUUUAGAAAAUGGAUGAAAAUUACGGAUCCAGAUAAUGAUAAUAUWUUGCCGAGAGAACUGAGACCAGUUAUUUACUGUCAAGCGAUAAAAUACGGAGGUGCAGACGAAUGGAACUUUUUAUGGGAACGUUAUCAGCGUUCCAAUUUGGAGCUUCAAAAAUAUGAUAUACUCUUAGCAUUAGGAUGUAGUUCAGAAACUUGGUUACUAAACAGAUAUUUGAAUUGGUCAAUUGAUAAUUCAAUUAUUUCCGAGAAAAACUCUGCAUCAGUGUUCAAUGCCAUAGCGACCAAUGACGUUGGAUUUUCUAUAGCAAAAGACUUUUUGUAUCAUAAUAUUUCAAAUAUAUAUGAUUUCCACCAAUUUUCAGGCGCUACUGUGGGUACUUACGUGCAAAUUAUAGGGAAGCAAAUGAAAACUAAAGAAGAAUUAGAUGAGAUUCUACCAUUUGUUAGUAAAUCGUCAAAUUAUUUACAAGGAGCUGACUCGAUUAUCAAAAACACAAUGAAGACUAUUGAUUGGAACAUUGAUUGGACUUCGAAGUUUUAUAAUAAAACUGUAAAUUACAUAGUACAAUAAUUAUUAACAAUGUUACGAACGGGUUUAAAUACAGACUCUUCGAUUGAAAUUGUUACACAAUAUAAUAUCCAUAAACAAGGUUAAUAGAAAUAAUAAAUAUUUAAAUAUUAAACA